UUAAGUUCCACCUCCUUGCUUCCUGGUCCUGAAGCGUACGCGCGUCGAGUGCAAGCCAGGCGGACCCGCAUUCCCUUCUCUGCGACAGGAUGGUUAACCACGAGCAGGACUCUCUGCCGAGUGUUCUGCACGGCGACCCUUCAAGCACUGUCUUGGUCGCGACCACGCUUGCCACCCUGCUCCUAGCAGGUGGGGCGUAUAUAUGCCGCUCGGGCAGCAAACGCCUCGGGCUCUCUUCUCAGCUCUCAUCGGUGGCAGAUUCACAUGGUGCCCAGCAUCCUCUGGGGGUCGGUGGACCUGGCGACAACAAGCAGUCCAAAGUGGCGCGUUCCAAGGAACGGCGACGGCGAGGCAAAGAUCCAAUGAAGGAGAUCUUGAAGAACGGCAAGAAGUUGAAGAUGCUCACCGUUGUCUCGAGAGAACAAGAGCGCGACGAGAAUACUGCUUCCUGUCAUCUCACCCAGUUGCCGCAUGUUCCUGAAUCGCCCACCGCAUCGUCUUCUUCUAAACGCUCAGCCUCGACGUCCUCCCGCUCUGUGGCAUCGUCAACUACAUCCCACAACAUCGACGAUGACUCGCCAGCCAUAUUCGCUUCGGACGACAGAAAGCAUGAUGGACGUGGAGAACGAAUGAGCGACUCGCAGUUUGACACCGGGAAUACACCAGGCGACUUCUCGGACUGUGAGCCCUCGGGAUCGAGUGGGGCCGGUGUCUUGGCGUCCCCUGCCCAGCGUAAGACAUCAUCAAAUUCAACGAUUCAGCCGGCGUCUUCCUCGUCGGGUUGGGAAUGGGACGGGCACGGGCAUGGGCACGGCGCAUCCUCCAACUCCGCAUGCACGUUCAACCCUUCACCAGCAUCACCACCGCGUUUGGGGUCCCAGUCUGAGGAGGGACCCAUGCGCGCAUCCGUUUCGCUUCCGACAGUCGCUGGAUCCGCAACGGUAUUGCCGCCGCCACUAUUUCAUUCGUCAUCUGCACCACUUGUCGAGCCGCUUUCGGCGUUUGAGGCUAGCCGAACGCUCGGAAGUCCCCGUCACACAUCUUCGCCGCGGCGAAGUCCCACUCCGGCCGGGACGCCGCCGCCAUCACUGAACGUGCAGACUCAACUUGCAUCUAUGCGCGGUGCUCUGGAGGCCGCACGAUUGCGAGAAGAGAAGGCGAGGUCGGAGCUAGAGCGAUACUCGAAGGAUAUGGAGAUCAUGCGCUGGGAAAAUAACGCAUGGCGCCGUCGAGAAGCGGAGAUGCAAGCCCAGAUCAGCCACAUGAUGCAUCAAUUACAAGGCUACGCUGCGAUGUUUGCCGCUCCGGGACAGGCACCACACACCUCGUCAACCCCAGCUAGUCCCCCGCUGCCGGCAGCCAGUGGCUAUCCAAUGCCGUUUCCCCCGGCGAUGUAUCCCUUUUACCCGUAUCCCCAUCCGCACCAGCACCAGCCUCAGCCGGGCUCGCUUCCCAAUGCUCAGCAGCAGCAGAUGUUCUCGAUGUCCUUCCCCCGGCCUGCGUCGUCCGUGUCUGGGUCGUCCGGCGGAUCAUCCGGGUCGGGAUCUGGCUCACCGGACCUGGUUGGAUCUCCGGCAUCAUUCUCUCGCGGCCGGCGGCGAACACGCACGCAGACUGCUGAUGCGCGACUGGGCGGAGGAGAAGAAGGUGGGGUUGAUGGUGAUCAUCUUGAGACCGACGAGAUGGUCCUUGGCGAGAUGGACGAUGACGGACACGAGGAGGAGGACAGUGGCUUCAGCGAGAUGCUGGCUGAUGCCAUACUGAAGCGGCCGGAGAGCAUCCGGAUGCCGCUGAAGAAGAGAAAAUCCAAGGAGAUACCCACGGAAUUCACGUUCCCGUCUAUUUCUGACCUUGGCUACCGCGAGCCGCCUCGGGAAAAAGUUCGGGAGGACGCCCCGCGCCAAGAACGAUAGCGAGAAGAAACCCACCCACCCACACGCAAUGCAACGCAACGCAGAACUGACCAGGACGAAUCGAAGCAUGCCUUCAUGCCACUGAUGAUCUCUCCCUUCUCACUCUCAUUUCUAAUCUAAAUAUUCGUAUUACCAUUCAUAUCCUUUGUCAGCUGCAGAUACCUGGACGUAAUUACAACCAAAUGGAACGCUCGAAUCCGUUUUCGGCGUUGGAGCGUGUGGCAGGCAGCAUUAUUGAGAGCGAUGGCUAAUUCAUUGACGCGGCUAUGCUUACCAGGCACGUCGCCCUCGUCCAUUUACGGAAAAUCCUCGCCGCGGCUAUUUCUCUCCGUGUCUGGUUCACGAAGGAAGUAAAAUAAGGUGGAUCCAGACUGCAGCCGAGAGUCACGUAUUGUUAGAGCUAAUCAUCUUUGCCGCUACCGUUGACUCUGAGUAACUCUUGCGGUAGGUAGUGUGAGAGCGCAGACGCCCCAAAUACGGAUUUCUAGUGCUGUUUUAUAACUGGGUUUUCAAUUUAGCACAUAGGACGCCGACCAAGUAGACUUUUCUAUCCCAAGUAACCGAAAUGCAGCUCGCAGAAGCACGAGUGCGCGAGCGCACACACGGACCCGAGAAUCUCGCUGCAGUCCGGGCACCGGGAGAGUGGUCGUCGGCCGGGCCAGGUCGUAGGCUGGAUCGGGGCAUAAUGUGCCGAGCGCUCGUCGCUUUUCGGUUCGCCGGCCCUUGCAGAUCUGGCUGUGGGAAGCGUGAUCAGCGGGUGCCGGAGGUCGUCUGCUUUCGUGUAGUCCGGGAUCACUGGUUCCAUAGCUGGAAGAACCCAGGGGUCGCCGAUUCGCGGGUUGACUCUCGCUGAUGGAAUGUGGAUGCGUGGAAAACGCCGAGCAGCAGUCGCUGUCGGUUAUUGACUGAAGUCCUGCGCCUCUCCUGUUGCAGUUUUUCUUUCGGUUUCUCCAUCAGACCCAUGAGCCGAGGCUUGAUGUUCUCCCAUUACUUAUGUUGAUCCCCGGUCUUGAGAAAAGCGGUAUCGUUUCGUUGCGCAUACCCCUGAACAUCGAACAAUAACUACGUAAA